AUGUCAGAACAAAAUACAAUUAUAAAUUCAGAGGAAAUAAAAGAAAAUGAGAAAAUUGAAUCAGAAACAGAGGAACCAAUUACAUAUUUAGAUUUAACUGGUCAACCACAUACCUCUAUUGGCGACAGCUAUAAUAUACCUGAAACUUUACUUGAUUUAGAUUUAACAAAUUGUAAAAUUACAAAGAUUGAAAAUAUAAAUCAUUUAAAAAAUUUAAAAAAGUUAUGUUUUAGACAAAAUUUAAUUGAAAAAAUUGAAAAUAUAGAUCAAUUAAAAGAAUUAGAAUCAUUAGAUUUAUAUGAUAAUAAACUUCAAGUAAUUGAAAAUAUUAAAGAUUUUCAAAGUUUAACUUAUUUAGAUUUAUCAUUUAAUGAAAUUAGAAUAGUUGAAAAUUUAAGUAUUAAAGAUAUACCAAAGAUUAAGGAAUUAUAUUUAGCUAAUAAUAAGAUAACAAAGAUUGAAAAUUUACAAGAAUUAGUACCAAUAAAGAAUUUAGAAUUAGGAUCGAAUAGAUUACGUGAAAUUGAAAAUUUAGAGAAUUUAGUAAACAUUGAAACCUUAUGGUUGGGUAGAAAUAAGAUAACAGAGAUCAAAGGUAUCAAUCAUUUAUCACACCUUAGAAUUUUAUCAUUACAAAGUAAUAGGUUAACAGAAAUUGGUGUCAAAGGUUUGGUUGGAUUAAAUUGUUUGGAGGAGUUAUAUUUAUCUCACAAUGGUAUUACAGAUAUCGAUGGUUUACAAUCAUUAAAACAAUUGAGAACCUUGGAUAUUUCAGCAAAUAAAAUUAAAACUUUGGUUGGUUUAAAUGAAUUACCAGAUUUAGAUGAAAUUUGGUGUAAUGAUAAUUUAGUUGAUUCAAUGGAUAAUAUCGAACAACAAGUAACAAAAUCAAUUAAAUGUUUAUACUUUGAAAGAAAUCCAGUUGCAACUCAUGUUCAAUAUAGAAGAAUGUUCAUUAAUAUGUUUCCACAAUUAAAACAAUUAGAUGCAACAAUGGUCAAAAGAAAUUAA